ACGGCCGCAAGAUGCUGUGGGCAGCCCCCCGGAUGCUGCGGGCAGCCCCCCGUGUGCUGCGGACCAUCUGCACCACGGCCGCGGCUUAUCAACAUAAGCUAAAACUAGCCCUUAUAGGUCAAAGUAUUUUUGGACAAGAAGUUUACAACAACCUGAGAAGAGAGGGACAUAAAGUUGUGGGUGUAUUCACCGUGCCUGACAAGAAUGGACAAGCAGAUCCUUUGGCACUGGCAGCGGAGAAGGACGGCACUCCUGUUUUUAAGUUCCCCAAAUGGAGAGCUAAAGGCAAAUCCAUCGAGGACGUAGUUGCAGCCUACAAAUCAGUUGGUGCAGACUUGAAUGUCCUUCCAUUCUGUUCACAGUUUAUCCCCAUGGAUGUUAUUAACUGCCCAAAACACGGCUCUAUUAUUUACCAUCCAUCCAUCCUACCACGCCACCGAGGAGCUUCUGCAAUCAACUGGACUUUAAUUCACGGAGAUAAGAAAGCAGGAUUUACUAUUUUUUGGGCUGAUGAUGGUUUGGACACUGGACCAGUACUUCUGCAGCGAGAAUGUGAUGUUGGCCAAAAUGAUACUGUGGAUGACCUAUACAACCGGUUUCUGUUCCCAGAAGGAGUAAAGGCUAUGGUGGAAGCUGUAAAUCUGAUUGCUGAUGGUAAGGCCCCUCGAAUACCUCAGCCUGAAGAAGGGGCAACAUACGAAGGGAUCCAGAAAAAGGAAAAUGCAGAGAUCUCCUGGGACCAACCUGCUGCAGCUUUGCACAAUUGGAUUCGAGGGCAUGAUAAAGUGCCUGGAGCAUGGACAACAAUAAAUGAACAGAUGGUUACUUUUUAUGGGUCAUCAUUACUUGAUGCUUCAGUGCCUGCUGGACAAGAACUGGCAAUAAAAGGUGCUUCAAAACCAGGACUUGUGACAAAGAAUGGUCUAGUCAUUUUUGGAAAUGAUGGGAAGAUGGUACUAGUGAAAAAUCUGCAGUUUGAGGAUGGAAAAAUGAUUCCUGCAUCUAAAUACUUCUCUGCUGAUGAAACAACUGCCCUGGAACUUACAGAAGAGGAGAAAAAGAUUGCAGAAGAUAUCCGAGCAAUUUGGAAGGGAAUUUUAAGCAAUGUUCCUGUGAUUGAGGAUUCCACAGACUUCUUCAAAUCUGGAGCAUCCUCUAUGCAUGUUGUCAGAAUGCUAGAAGAGAUCAAACAGAAGCAAAGUGGACUUCAGCUACAGAAUGAAGAUGUGUAUAUGGCCACUAAGUUUGCAGACUUUAUUCAGAUGGUUGUCAGAAAACUUAGAGGAGAAGACAAAGAAGAAGAGUUAGUCGUUAAUUAUGUUUCAAAAGAUAUUAACAACAUGACUGUGAAUAUGCCAUACCAAUGUUUCAUAAAUGGGCAAUUUAUAGAUGCUGAUGAUGGAAAAACGUUUGACACUGUAAAUCCAGCAGAUGGAUCAGUAAUAACCAGUGUAUCUUCUGCCUCACUGGCUGAUGUUGACAAGGCAGUGGCAGCAGCAAAGGAGGCAUUUGAGAAUGGUGAAUGGGGAAAGAUGAAUGCAAGGGAAAGAGGGCGACUCCUGUAUAGACUUGCAGACCUGAUGGAAGAACAUCAAGAGGAGUUAGCGACAAUAGAGUCCAUUGACUCAGGAGCUGUCUACACUUUAGCUCUGAAGACUCAUAUUGGAAUGUCUGUGCAAACAUUCAGAUACUUUGCUGGAUGGUGUGACAAAAUUCAGGGUGCUACAAUCCCAAUUAACCAGGCCCGGCCAAACCAUAAUCUAACAUUCACCAAGAAAGAGCCAAUUGGUGUCUGUGCAAUAAUUAUCCCCUGGAAUUACCCACUGAUGAUGCUUGCAUGGAAGAGUGCAGCGUGCUUGGCUGCAGGCAACACCCUCGUACUCAAACCAGCUCAGGUCACACCUCUGACUUCCUUGAAGUUUGCAGAACUCUCAGCUAAAGCUGGAUUUCCUAAGGGCGUUAUAAAUAUUCUUCCUGGUUCAGGUGGCUUGGUGGGACAGCACCUCUCUGAGCACCCAGAUGUUCGCAAAGUUGGAUUCACUGGUUCAACACCAACUGGCAAACAGAUCAUGAAGAGUGCAGCUGCUAACCUGAAGAAAGUUUCUCUCGAACUUGGUGGCAAAUCACCAUUGAUCAUAUUCAAUGACUGUGAACUUGACAGAGCUGUAAAAAUGGGUAUGGGAGCAGUAUAUUUCAACAAAGGAGAAAACUGCAUUGCAGCUGGCAGGCUGUUUGUGGAAGAAUCAAUUCAUGAUGAGUUUGUUAAAAAAGUGGUUGAAGAAAUUAAAAAGAUGAAAAUUGGUGACCCACUUGACAGAUCUACAGACCAUGGUCCACAAAAUCACAAGGCACAUUUGGAAAAGCUGCUGCACUACUGUGAAACUGGAGUAAAAGAAGGAGCCACUCUGGUGUAUGGAGGAAGACAAGUAGGUAGACCAGGUUUCUUCAUGGAACCCACUGUAUUCACAGAUGUUGAAGACCAUAUGUAUAUUGCUAAGGAAGAAUCCUUUGGUCCUGUGAUGGUCAUCUCUAAAUUUAAAGAUGGGGAUGUCGAUGGAGUAUUGCAACGGGCAAAUGCCACAGAAUAUGGCUUAGCUUCAGGAGUUUUCACAAAAGACAUAAACAAAGCUCUCUACAUCAGUGAAAAGCUAGAAGCUGGGACAGUUUUUAUUAACACGUACAACAAAACUGAUGUGGCAGCACCAUUUGGUGGAUUUAAGCUGUCUGGCUUUGGGAAAGAUUUAGGUAAGUUGUCUCCUUCCCUCAUUUUUUGUCUCAGAGUCUUAAUCAAUGAAAGAAGCACUGCCUGGCCACAGUGUAUCUAGUAAAAUAUGAGCUAUGGGUGCAUUUCCUGCAUCUCCUACGUUCCUCUAAUUACAGUAAUCCAAUUCCUCUCCUUCCCUAAAUAUCCCCACUUCAAUACCUCCCAUUCAGCCUUUCCUGUACAUUUGCUAAAAAACACAGAAUAUUCCUCUCCAACUGCUCUGAGAGCAGGCAAAUAAAUUACAGCUUGUCCAGAGCUCUGUAUGGGCCACAAAAGGCUGUCAAGUAACAAUGGUAUUGGCCAAAGUAUUCUUUCCCUCGGAGAGAAUGCUAAUUUAGGUUUCUCCUCUAAGAGCGAGCAUGGGAAACCUUAAAAUGUCACCAAAAUUUGCCAACAGUCACAGAAAAAAGAUGCAUUAAAAAAAUACUCUUCUCAAAACGUCCUUCUAGAAAAGUGAAGUCCACUCUGUCAAAGAAGCUUCACAAGUUUGGACAGAGACUUCAUGGCAGAGAAAAAAGGAAAACCAAAUUUAAUUCACGACA